AUGAGGGCCGCAUCCUCGUCAUCCCACUCGUGGCCGAACACCUCGCAGUACAGCUCCAUCAAGAAGAUGGCGUGCUCCACGGGGUGCGUGCUGCUCGUCCAGUUGUCAGACAGCUCUAGCAUCGACCUCCAGAACUGCCCAAAGCUGAUGUCAGGGAGGCUGGACAAGGCGGUGGUGAAGGCUUCGCCAGUGAGCAAAUCCCUUGCCCUCGCCGCCGCCGUCUCUUCUGGCUGCAUCCCGUUCCUCUGGGCCGCCCCAAAUGAGCACUUUGAGGAAAGCUGUGAAUCCGCUUCCCGGCGAAUGUCGUUUCCGCCCAAAUCGUCGCCGCCGCCGCCGUCGUCGUCGUCGACAUCGUCGCCGCCCAAGUAG